AUGGCUGAGGAUUCGUUGAACCUUUCUGGAAUGUCUCCGCAGCUGCUAGUGGCGCUCACCUGCCUGCUUUUGACUUGUCGCGAAAACGUGUCCUACUGGGAGCUCUACCUGCCUCCCUAGGGAACGCUUGAUGGUAGUAGUCACCAGAACCCUGGCAUCCUGAUAGCAAACCCCGGUUUCCAAGUGCCACAGAGCCGUUCGGUUUGGCUCGACCCACUGAGGGACCUGGUGAUUCGAGUACAGGGAGGGGAUCAGUGCAAGGUGACCAUGCUGGACUUCCAGCGGUUCCAAGGCGCACUCUCCCCGCGCCAAUUUCCCUGUGAUUUUGGGGCCCACCAGGUCAAGUAUACUCACUUCAGCUCGCCCAGCUUCGCAAGAACCUGGAUACAGCUGCGCUACCACGCAGGGAUACCAGCAGGGUAGCUGCAUGCUACCAUGCUGGUGCUGCCCUUCUCUCUGCAUGUGAAUGUAGUCUUGCCCAAGCUUCAGCUGGUGACCUGCAACAGGCCCUUGAAAGUGUUUAAACUGCUAGGCUGCAGCCAUGCCAUCGACAGGAGAGUGCUAAACUUUGCCUCCAGGAGCAGAUGCAGGCUCACCUUGCUUCCUCAUGCUGGCACACCACUCCCCAAGUAUAGGUGCUUGGUAGGCUCCGCUGGGACCCCUCUCCAGGGACCAUCUGGCGACUGUGAGACUUUUAUCCGCUACCACCAUACUGACACACCAUCCUCACCCAGCAGAAACUAUGUGCCCAUGCUAGUGGAACUGUUAGGACCAGAGUCUCAAAGUACCAGGUCAGUGGAGGUGCUGGCCCGGGAGUACUUCCAGCUUCAAGUCAGAAUCCAGAAGGGAGCCAGGAGCACAGCACCAAGACCCAGUCUUGCAGCUCUAAAGAUGGCGGAAGUUAACACCUUACUGACAGCCCUUAAGCCAGAUGCGCUGCCUGCAGAAGACAGCGAGUCAGACCCUAAUGACCCAGUCUUCAAUAUUCUCAGUGUCGCUGAGGCCCCACCUGGACACCAUGGUCGACAGGGGUUAAGUUCUUCGGUCUCUUUCUUUGUCCAGAAAGAGCUUCGAGAACUGAAAAUUGCCUAUCGACCAGCAACGGGGAGCUCAGAAGGGGACUGCAUCGUUCAGCUCGAACUGCAGGUGAUAGAUGAAGAAGGUGACACCUCUGAGCCUUUUGCCUUCAUGGUGGUGAAGUCUAUGAAUACUCUGGCUCCAAUAGCUAGCUACAGCCAAGGGCUUGCUGUGUUUGAAAGCCAGGCAAGGCCUUUGUCCGGUGUCCAAAACGUUCAGGUCAGUGAUAAAGAUAAUUCCAACUAAAUAAGAAUUGCUACAGUCAGAGGUUUGCAACAUGGGCAGCUGGUGGUGCGUGGGGCACAUGCUUGGUGCAAGUAUUUCACACCAGCAGACCUAAGUGCAGGAUGAGUAGUGUACCAGCAUACGACGGCAGUGACUUACAGUGACACCAUCAUCCUCAAGAUGAAGGAUGGGCACCACCAGGUGGACUUCCUCUUCCCUGUUACUAUGCCUGUAGAUGAUGGCGUCACUGCUCACAUGGGACUCUCUGUGACUGAAGGGCAGGUGGUACAGAUAUCCCCCUUUGUCUUAUGUGCCACAGAUACUGAUUUCGAGAACUCAGCUAUCCCCUUUGUGUUGGAAGACCAACCAGGAAAAAAAAAAGAGGACGAGAGAAGCAGAGAUCUGGCCCCUGGUUCUAGCUCAAGCCAGCACCCAGGCAACAUGCUGCUGAGACAGGCAGAACCCCCUUCAUCCUUUCUGCACAGUGACUGGCACUAUGUGAAAAAGGAGGGAUUUUAUGAGAAGAUGGUGACUGAGUGGCUGAGAGACAUAACAGAAGGGAGACUUUUCUUCUCCCAUCCUGGACCACAGAGCCCAUCUACACUGGCCCAUCUGGCUUUCCGUGUGCAGAAUGACUGUGCAAAUCUCUCCAACCAGCACCUCUCCAUCAGCAUCCAACCUGCAGAUAAGUUGAAUCCUCGGCUAUCUCCAGAAACUACCCUAGAAAUGACAGUGAGAGGAUACCAGCUCACUCCCUUCGAGAAGUUCCUCCAGUACACUGACCAGAACUCAGAUGAACAGAACCUGUGGUAUACUCUACUGACACGACCAAUGGAUACUGACAGCAACCACCAAGUCCAGGCUGGAGAAAUCGUGCUCACUGAUUCGCCAAAUAGACCCGUCAUUCAUUUUACCCAAGCCCAGGUCAAUCAUCAAAACAUUGCUUAUCGACUCCCACAGAAGAAUCUGAACAUCGUACCUUGAGCUGUACAAUUCACCUACAAGGUGGAAGACACUGCAGGCAACAGCGUGCCUGGUACAUUCACACUAUUGCUGCAGCCUUUGAACAAUCAGCCACCAAAAGUCACCAAUACAGUCUUUGCUGUCUUAGAGGAAAACAGCUUUAUUCUUGGCAGAGGUGAACUUAAUGUUUCAGACCCUGACACCAAUGUUGGUCAAAUUUUCUUCACUUUAGUUUGGGGUCCCCAGUAUGGACACUUUCAGUACUUUAAAACAUAUAUGGUUCCAGGAGAAUCAUUUAUGCUAGCUGAUGUUAAUGGGAACAUCUCUUAUCAGCACAGCAGAGACCAGACUACCAGUGACAUCGUCUACCUAGAGGUAAGUGAUGGUCACCAUGUACGUAUCACUGUUCAGGUUUCUGUGCAGCCCACUGUGGCUGACAGAAGUCCUGCAAUCUCUAUCACAGGUACUCCAGUAUUGGCUAUUUCUCUAGAUGUGCUUGAAAAUACAGCUUCUGAGAUCACUAUGGGUGUUACUCAUGGCAGAAAGGAUUUGAUGCUGUCUUCCAUUGUGGAGCAGAAGCCUAAACUGGGCAUGAUUCUGGUGGACGAUUUGCCUGCAGAACGAGUCACCCAGGAGGACCUCCUUGAUGGAGCAGUAAGCUGUGUUCACACUGGAGGUGAAAUUGGCUUCCAAAGGGUUCAUACUGCUCUCAGCUUCUUCCUCUCCAAUGAUGCUUAUCGCUGAGCCAUGGGGGACAACAUACUGGAGAGGGUCCUGGUGGAAGUGACAGUGCUGCCCAUGGACAACAUGGCCCCCAAGGUCUUGAUAGGAGAGCCCUUCAUCGUAUAUGAAGGUGGGAAGAACCCCUUGACCCCACAACAUGUCAGCAUUGAAGAUGUGGAGACUUCUAAAGAUGAAAUUCUUUGCACUCUGACUGCACAGCCAUCCUCUGGCUACCUGGAAAACUUGGCACCAGCUCCUGGUUCAGAAGUGUCACAGGCUGGCAGCUCCAUCAGUGCCUUCUUCAUCGAGGAUAUUCGAGUGAGGUGCAUCAAUUAUGUCCAGAGUAUCCACAAGAGAGUAGAACCAGGAGCAAAUCAAUUCACCUUUUAUUGCUCUGAUGGCAUCAACUUCCCCCCAAAUGUUCUCCUCCCUCUAACCAUCUUGCCCACCAAUGAUGAACAGCCUGAACUUUUUACCUAUGAGUUUGAGGUAUUCCAGGGGAUGAGCCGGGUCACAGACACUGCACUGGUCAAUGGAGUAGAUGCUGACUUCCCACCAGAUGAGUUUUACCGUCGACUCCCGGUCCUCCCCCAGCAUGGACACAUCACCCUGCAGCAAGCCCACCACACCUCUACCCUGCAGGAGAUCCAGGAGCCCUCCUCCAUUGCCUAUGAACACGAUGACUCAAAGGGCAUGGAGGACAGCUUUGAGGUCUGGCUGAGCGAUGGCAGGCACACCACACAUAACAAGGUGCCCAUUGUUGUAAUCUUGGUGCAUGAUGAGGUUCCUCAGUUGACCAUCAAUGAUGGGUUGAUAGAAACUUGACACUCUGAGAUCAUCUCAAGUCAUCUGCUCAGAGUAGAUCUUGACUCAGAUAACAAGAGUUUCAGUUUUGUUCUCCACUCUGAGCUUCAACAGCGGCUUCUGCGACGACUGAGGACUCCAGGAGGAGAUGUGAGGAACAGCCUCACCAUGGAGAUGAAUUUCACCCAGGAUGAAAUUGACAGAGAUCUUAUCUGUUAUACCCACACAGGCCAGGGAGAAGCUGUUGCCAAUUUUGAUGUGACUGAUAGGGUUAACCCUCUGAGAGAUCUCUAUUUCUAUAUCACCACUGGCAAUUCAAACAGUGACAUCCCUGAGAUAACCAGAAGAGUCACCUUGACAGAAGGUAACAGAAUGACCCUCACCACUGAACGGCAACACGGUGACAUCCACAGCCCUGGUAAACAACUUCUCUGCAGCAUCACACGAGCUCCCAGCACAGGCUACUUGGAAUGCUCUCACCAGCCUGGGGAGCCCAUGGCUUCUUUUACUCAGCUUCAACUGGCCAGCAACAAGAUAUCCUCUGCCCAUAUCUCAAAGGAUGAUGUAAAGAUGAACCACUUUUAGCUUAGAGUGACUGGGGGACACAGCUCUGUGUCUAGAAUCUUCAGGGUAUUCAUCACAGACAAGGACAACAAGAUACCUACCUUGACUAUCCAAACACUAGAUCUGCAAAGAGGGGGCAGCAUAGUGGUCACUCCUUCUCAGUUGACAGUGGAAGAUGAGGAUACUCCAGCUGAUUUUAUUCUUUUUACCAUCACACAGGAUCCUAUCCAUGGCAGGAUUUUGUAUAAUGGUAGCCAUCCUGUGACCACUUUCACUAAGAAGGAGCUGACAAACCUGAUUCUCUACUGGUACGAUGGCAGUAAGACAGUCGAAGACAGUUUCUCUUUCACUGUGACUGACGGCAUCCACACAGGCUUCUGUGUCUUCCCAGACACUGCCCUGGAGACACAUGUGCCUCAGAUAGUGGGGAUCCAGGUAAGACCCCUUGACAACAGGCUCCCACAGAUUGCCAUCAACAAGAGAGCCACAGCCUUGAAGCUCCUUCACACUGGACACUUGGGUCUCCUCGUUACCAACAAGUACUUACAAGCAAUCCAUCAGGAUGCUCCCCACAGACUCCUACAGUAUAAAGUGACCAGCGGACCACAGCAUGGCUAUAGUGUCAGUGCUGGCCUUGGAAAUGAGAGCACCCACAUGUUCACACAAGCUGACAUUGAUGAGAGGUGGGUCUACUACAUCCUGAGCAAGGGCAGUGGCAGUGCAACAAGAGAUGCCUUCUACUUCUCUGUUGAAACCAGUGGUAGCAGGAAGUUAACAGACCUCCCUUUUAGGCUGAGCUGGUGCUGGUUAUGUUUAGAGAAGGAAUAUGUUUUAGUGGAUGACCCCUCUACAUUCCAUGAGCUAAACAUGCCGAAGAGAAAAAUAUUCCUUCAGACCCUAAGAAUUAUGUUGAGUUUUCUGGCUUCAGGCACUGGAACCAAAGGAGACAUUGCCAAAGAAAAUAAGGAUUUUAAAGGAAAGGCUUCCACACUGGUCCAGUUCGAUCCUGACCAGUAUACACCCACGUGGAAGGUGGAACUUAUAUCUGACACCAAGUAUGAGACCUCAGAAACUUUCCAAAUCGUUCUCUCUGAACCUGACACGGCUGCACUGGAGUUUCCAGAGAUGGCAACAGUCGAAAUUGUAGAUCCUGAAGAUGAAUCAACAGUUUACAUUCCAGAGGCAGAAUAUAAACUGGCAGAGGCUGUUGGGGAGUUUCUGGUUCCUGUAAGACGAUCUGGAGACACAAGCCUGGAGCUUACCAUCGUCUGCUCUACUCAGCCAGGUUCUGCCACUGGCACAAUUCCUUCCAUGGAGUUAUCUUUGUCAGAUUACUCAAGACCAGAAGAUAAUACCAGAAUGCUCCACUUUGAAAAAGAUGAGAGCCGGACAACCUGUCAGGUCCUGAUAUCAACGACUCCUUUUUAUGAAGACGAGUCCUUCAGCAGUGCACUGAGCCUGCCAGUGGGAGAGCAACUGGGGGCCAAACUGCCCACUGCCAGAGUAGUGAUGACAAUCCUUGACGACCUGCCACAGCCUGGCUUUGAGGGUCUAGAGAUAUUUGAAUUACUUCUCUAGAUGUCUACAUGUGCAGGGCUUGGAGAACCAAAUAACACCAGUUACCAUCCAUGA